AUGGCCGACAUUGACAUGGACGUCGACAUGGAUAUCGACCUCGGCUUGGACCCCGAAAUUGCCCAGCUCGAGGCUGAGGCCAUGAAGAUUAUCGAUACUCAAGACGUCAACACUUCUACCCCUGCCGACAAUCUCGACGAACUCGCCCCGACGAAGAUUCACAUCCGCGGUCUGGAUAACCUCACCACCGACAACAUCAGACAGUUUGCUGGCGAGUAUUAUUCGCUAGAUGACUUCCAACGCGUCGAGUGGAUCGACGACACGUCAGCCAACCUCAUCUACGAGUCAGAGCAAGCCGCUCAAGAGGCCCUCAUCGCUCUCUCCGACCUACAAGACACCGACAAUGUCGAUCCUCUACAAGUGCGCAGGGCAAAGACGCUACCCUCGAACCCCGAUACCGAACUCUACAUCCGCCAAGCCACUCUCGCCGACAAGAAGGCUCCCCGCGCCCACGAGAGAAGUCGCUUCUACCUCAUGAACCCCGAUCACGACCCGAGAGAGCGCAAAGGAGACUACGACAACAGAAGGCGAGGCCCGCGAAGAGAUAACAGGCAAAGACCCGAUGCUCCCAAGCCUUUCGACGUCAACAUGUACGACGAUGCAGAAGAAGUGUCGCCGGCACUCAGCUACGAUGACGAAGAUGACCGCAAAAAUACCCGACGCAGAGACGAUCGCCCGAGGAGGCCGCGCGGAGGCGAUUUGUUUGCUGGAAAGGAAACAGGCAGACUACGUGAUCGCAGCGCAUCUCCUGUCAGGGACGGUGAUGGACGAUACGGCUUCAGUCAGGAACAACCUGAACGCAGAACCGCCCGUCGCAGAACCAUAUCGCCCGCCCCUCGCAAANAGGAUCUUAUCCCCACAGCUCGCGCCAGCAAUGGUCCGAUAGAGCUUUUGCCUGCGAAGAGUACGACCAAGACCUUUGGCCUCGAUACACCUCUUACCUCGACAAGUCCUCCCAAGCGCAACAGAGAGCUGUUCCCCAACAAGUCUGCUCGCAGCAACCACCGCCGCUCAGAUGCCUUGGACGCUGGUGAGACUGCUAGCAUCAGGCGAGGUCCAGAGCCAAGCGGCUUCAGCAUCAGAGGUAACGCCCAAGCAGAUGUGCCGGGCUUCUCGAUCCGCGGCGCUUCUCGUGAAGUCAACCCAAAGGUCAAGGAAUUGUUCCCUUCCAAGUUCAGCAGUGGGGCAGAGCCAAAUGACUUGUUCGCCGACAAGAUGAGAGAUCGCAAUACUCAACGCAGACGUGCCGAGGACAUGAUGUAG